CUUGUGUGUUUUCCUAAGCUCCCAGUGGUAGACAGGUUCCAGUUGAGGUGAUGGGCCCAGACAGCCAUGGUCACCUGUACGUCACAUGGAAACCUACAGAGAGUGGUUUCCACACAGUCGAGGUGCGUUUGGGCGAGGACCACAUCCAGGGCAGCCCUUUUACUGUCAGGGUCUUCGAUGCACAGAAGGUCAAAGUUCACAGCUUGGAGGGUGGACUUGUGGGACAGCCUCAUUCAUUCAUAGUUGACACGUCAGAAGCGGGCCCGGGACACAUCCGUGUGGUGAUCCACGCAGGUCGGACGGAGGUGCCGCACCAGAUCCAGGAGCUGGGGGGAGGGCGGUACAAGGUCACCUACACGCCCCAGGAGAACGUGGAUCACAUGAUCAUGGUGGAGUGGAACCAAGUCGCCAUUCCAGCCCCCUCUGGUGUGGAGUCCCGCGGUGACCAGUUUGUUGUCCCGGUGGCAGACGUGGGUCUGAUCCAGGCAUCAGGGGUCGGGCUGAUUGGCUCCAUCCCCGUCAACAGCCUGGCGCAGUUCCGCGUUCUCACACACGGACAGACAGGAGGAGAGCCCAGCAUCAUCAUCACAGCCCCCAACAGGAGACAGGUACCCUGCAAUGUGCAGCCUGGGAGAGGUGGAGAGUACACUGUGGAGUACACACCUAAUGAAACAGGUCCCCACCGUAUCGAAGUUAUGUACGCCAGCAUGCCCAUCAACGGCAGUCCCUUCACAUCCCAGGUGUAUGACAGCAGUAAGGUUCGUGUGGGAGACAUCCCCAACGGGUUCAUCGGCAAACCCAACUCAUUCACUAUUGAUGCUACCCAGGCCGGUCCCGGUGAGGUGACAGUUGACGUGGGAAACCCCAUGCACGUGCCUGAGCAGCUGCAGAACCUGGGCGGCGGCCGCUACAAGUGCGACUUCACCCCGACCAACACCAACCGACACGACAUCACUGUCAAGUUCAAUGGGGAACUGGUGCCAGGAAAUGUGUUCCACUGUGAUGUAGUGGAUGCCGGCAAUGUGACAGUUUCUGGCAGUGGACUGGACCUGAUCCCAGUCAACCAACCUGCCCAGUUCAUCGUGGACCCUCAUGGAGGCCCUCCUUCUGAAGUCAGGGUCAACAUCAACGAGCCGAACGGUCGCCCCCUGCCCAACCGUGUAACACACCAGUACGACGGCACCCACCUGGUGGAGUACACGCCCAAGUCAGUCGGCGCCCAUCCCAUCGACGUGCACUACGCAGGCCUGCUCGUGCCGGGCAGCCCGUUUGAGUGCAUCGCGUACGACGCCAACAAAGUACGCAUUUCAGACAUCCGGGACGGAUUUGUGGGCCAAGAGCUUGGAUGCAAAAUCGACACCAGCCAAGCAGGUCCAGGCACCAUCACUGCUGAGGUCCAGCAGGGUGGCCGACCUGUUAACCACUACCUUCGGGAGGACCCGCCCAGCAGUGGUCGCUACAGUCUGAUGUAUACUCCAGACGCAGCCAAGACUCAUGAGAUCAGGGUGCGCUUCAACGGACAGUCUGUGCAAGGCUCUCCCUUCAGAGAGGAAGUGUUUGACCCUCGCAAUGCGGCAGCGUACGGGGAGGGUCUGGGAACCAUUCCCGUGAAGAAGUCCACUUACUUCAUCGUGGACCCACGUUCAGCCGGCAAGGCUGACAUUUCUGCCAACAUAUCAGCUCCCAGCGGUAACAUGGUGCCCUGUAGGGUGACCCCAGGCCGUGACGGAACUCACAAAGUCGAGUACACUCCAUACGAAGUCGGUCCCCACCAGGCUGACGUGUUCUACGCCGGCUAUCCCAUCAACGGCAGCCCGUUCCAGCCGGUCGCGUACGACGCCACCGCCGUCAGGGUGUCGGAAAUUCCCGACGGACGCGUCGGACAGAAGAUCGGCUUCAACAUCGACACCAGCCGCGCAGGUAAGGGAGACCUGGACGUCGGCGUGAACGUCAACAACAGGAACGUGCCGUUUGAGAUGGACAGCGGGCGGCAGCGCGACGUCUUCGAAGUGUCCUUCCUGGCCCAAGAAGCGGGGACGCACCGCAUCCCGAUCUCCUUCAACGGGGACCCUGUGCAAGGAAGCCCGUUCCGAAGUGAGAUCAAGGCAGCCGGCAGAGCCACGGCGUCCGGAGAGGGUCUGUACCGCGGCCAGGAGGACAGGACAGCCGAGUUCGUGGUGGACACCACCGACUGUGACAACCUCCCGCUCGACAUACAAGUGGACGGUCCGAACUCCAUAGCAAAGUGCAGCGUCGAACACCGAGGCGACAAACAUUACGUCACCUACGUACCGGUGGAAGUGGGGAUCUUUGACAUCACCCUCAAGCAUGGCGGUCAAGAAAUUGACGGAAGCCCGUUUCAUCCAACAGUGAUCGAUCCACGUAAAGUGAGGGCCAAGGGCGGGUGGAACACUUUCCUGGGUUCCAACGGGCGCUUGACGCUCUUCGUGAACGAGAGAUACACGCUCCCUCUGGAUGCGGCUGAGGCCGGCCCGGGCAAGAUGUCGUCCACGGUUCGGGGCCCGACGGGAGAGAUCCCCGUGGACAUAGAGAAGAGGAACGACGGCAUGCACUUCGUCUCCUUCACGCCAGUAGUUGACGGUGAGCACGUGGUGGACGUGAACUGGAGCGACCUGCCCAUCGCCCGCUCCCCGAUCUACGGGGACGCGCGGGCCUCUCGGGACGCCCUGGUCAGCCACGAGAAGGUGGUGGUCCGCGGGAGGGGCCUGCGCGAGGCUAAGGUGGGAGAGGAGGCGGAGUUCAUCAUCGACGGCUCCGAGGCUGGCCCAGGUACCCCAGAAGUGAUGAUGAGCGGCCUGAAGAACGACAUCGAUGUCCGCAUGGUACCCAUGACUGACAGGCCCAACAGUUACCGAUGCUACUACUACCCCAAGGUGCCGGGUGCGUACCUGUUGAACAUCACGUGGUCGCAGCGCCAGGUGAACGGCUCACCUUUCCGCGUGUCGAUCGCUCCCGGGAUUGACGCCAAGAAGGUGACCUUCUCCGGCCUGAAGGAGGGCAUCAUGGGACAGGCGCUCAGGGCAGACAUCGACGUCAGGGAGGCCGGCAAGGGAGGAACGCUAACGGCGAGGUGCCAGGGUCCCACCAAACGUGCGGACAUUGACCUGAAGGAUAACAUGAACGGCACGUUCGGCCUGACCAUCCGGCCGCAGGAGGGGGGCAGGCAUCUACUGGAGAUCAAGUACGGCGGAGAGCACAUACAAGGAAGCCCGUUCGUGCUCCGUAUUGCGGGUGCCACAGACCCCAGCAAGGUGCGCGUGUUCGGGCCGGGGCUGAAGAACGGGCUGCUCCACACCUUCAAGGGCAACUUCAUCUGUGAGACGCGAGGGGCAGGAGCCGGUCAGCUCAAGGUCAGGGUGCACGGGCCCAGGGGUGCGUUCCGCGUAGAAAUGCAGCCGCUGAGCAGCAAAGACCGCACCAUCGCCGUCAAGUACAACCCCGUGGAGCCGGGCGACUACGACAUCGACGUGAAGUGGUCGGACGUGCACGUGCCGGGCAGCCCCUUCCGCGUGUCCAUCUUUGAGACUCAGGACGAACUGGACGAGUUCGAGGGCCGGCAGAUCUCCCGGAUUGGCGGCUCCACCGGCCGACAUUCCCGCCACUCCGGCGCGGACUACAACAACUACCAAUGGCAGGAGGAGAUUUAACAUUAGUAGGCUAUGAUUGGCUGCAAUGUGUGACGUCAUC